AUGUGCUACUUACUUACACUCUUGAGUCUGGGUGGGGUGGGGAUGGGGGAUAGAGAAGAAACUGUCCUAGGCAGUGGGGUGAGUAUUGGGAGAGCUGUGUUUUCGGAGUUUGGGUACCCGGAGUCAGGAGUGUUUGCCCUCUCAGUGUCUCACGGUUCACUUUGCCCCGCCUCCCCGCAGGUGGCCGAGGGAAGCCCGUGCCGGGAGCCGCUGCCCCUGGAGCUGUCCCCACGGAAGAGACUGCCGGCUGUGCCCCCAGACGAGGAUCGAUGUGGCAACCGCCCCCCGCCCGAGGGAGCCGGAGCCGGGGCUGGGGCGGGAUCGGAGCCAGGCCACUUUGAGCGAUCGGGGAGAGGAGGCUGGUGCCGCCACUGUCAGACCAAACUCGCCGAACUCAAGAGACAGGCCUGGAAACUGGUCGGUGGGCAGGGUACGCCCCUCGGGGAUCCAAGAAUUUCAGCUUUAAUUCUUGACAGACUCCAAGUGCCUGAAUAUCUCCAGAGGAACCGGUUGGAAGGAGAGAGUCGCUGUGAUGUGUGCGCCACUCACCUGAACCAGCUUAAGCAAGAAGCCAUCCAGAUGGUCCAGGUGUCUUCCUGUCACGAGAAGCCUGACCAUCCACAUGGUCCUGGGGCCCUGGCCCGCUUGGCAUCCCAGAACCUGGCCACUCAUUGCUCCUUGAGUGGAGACUUGCCUUUGGCCUCAGGGCAAGUGGGGAAGCAGCAGGCUUCUCUCUUCCCUGGGGCAGAGAGGAAAAAAGCUCUAGCAUGGCCCCCAGGCUCUGCGGGCUUUCCCAACUCCAGCGUUCAAGUCACUGUGGCUCCCACAGGCCUCGGGGGUGCCUUGAGUUCUGUCACCAUCCAGGCUCAGCAGUACCUGGAAGGCAUGUGGAGUAUCUCCAGGGUGAACAGUUUCCUCCCACCAGCUUGCCUGGUAAGUAUUGGUAACUUUUGCUCAAGUGAAACCAAACCCAAGGAAAAUCAUUUACCUAGCAACAGGGCCACCUUCUACUUGAAAGCAGCCCAGAAGCUCAACCUGGCCUCCAAGAAGAAGAAGCCGCACCCACCCUUGACCCCCGCACACGACUUUUCCAUCUAUGGGACAAACUUUAGCGGUGUGCUGCAGCUUUGCCCUCCGCCGGCGCCCCCCUGCCUACUGAGAUCGGUGGCCAAGGCCAAAGAGAACCCAGGCGUUGGGAAGGUGAAGGUGAUGGUGAGGAUCUGUACAUCGCCUGGCGCCCCUCACUCGUCCGAGCCCAUGUCCUUCCUCAAGGUGGAUGCCCGGAAGAAACAGGUGACGCUGUAUGACCCAGCUGCUAGUUCCCCGGCCAAUGGGGGCUCCCGGAGAACCCCGGGUGCAGUCCCCAAGAUGUUUGCUUUUGACGCCGUCUUCCCACAGGAUGCUGCCCAGGCCGAGGUGUGCUCCGGAACUGUGGCGGACGUGAUCCAGUCAGUGGUGAACGGUGCUGAUGGCUGCAUAUUCUGCUUUGGACACGUCAGGCUUGGGAAGUCAUAUACCAUGAUUGGGAAGGACCAUUCCACCCAGAGCUUGGGGAUUGUGCCCUGUGCCAUUUCUUGGUUAUUCAAGCUGAUCAAUGAGCGGAAAGAGAAGACGGGAACCCGGUUCUCUGUUCGCGUGUCUGCUGUGGAGAUCAGUGGCAAAGAUGAAAACCUCAAAGACUUGUUAGGUGAAGUCGCCAGUGGCAGCCUUCAGGAUGGCCAGUCUCCUGGAGUUUACCUCCGAGAAGAUCCUGUUUGUGGGACACAGCUUCAGAACCAGAGUGAGCUCCGGGCCCCAAGUGCAGAGAAAGCUGCCUUCUUCCUGGAUGCAGCACUGGCUGCCCGGAGCACCAGCCGAGCCGACUGUGAUGAAGAGGACCGAAGGAACUCACACAUGCUGUUCACCCUCCAUAUCUACCAGUACCGGAUGGAGAAAUGUGGCAAAGGAGGAAUGUCAGGUGGCCGGAGCCGUUUGCAUCUCAUCGACCUUGGGAGUUGUGAAAAAGUGCUGAGCAAGAACCGGGAAGCUGGUGGAUCUCUCUGCCUGUCUCUGUCUGCCUUGGGCAAUGUGAUCCUGGCCUUAAUCAAUGGUGCAAAGCAUGUGCCAUACAAAGACAACAAGCUAACAAUGCUCCUUAGGGAGUCACUCGGCAACAUCAACUGUAGGACCACCAUGAUCGCCCACAUCUCUGACUCUCCAGCCAACUAUGCAGAGACCCUCACCACGGUGCAGCUUGCCUCCCGCAUCCACCGGAUGAGAAAGAAGAAGUCCAAGUAUGCAUCCAGCUCUUCGGGAGGAGAGAGCUCCUGUGAGGAGGGUCGAGUACGGAGGCCCCCACACCUGAGGCCUUUUCACCCUCGCACGGUGGCCUUAGAUCCUGACCUUCCUGGCCUGGGUCUCUCCAGUGACCCCGAUUAUUCCUCCAGCAGUGAGCAGUCCUGUGACACCGUCAUCUAUGUGGGGCCCAAUGGGGCUGCCCUGUCUGACCGUGAGCUCACGGACAACGAAGGCCCACCAGAGUUUGUCCCUAUCAUCCCGUCGCUCAAUAGGAAGCGGGCCAAGGACGGGCUGGGUGGCCCCUGGAGCUCAGACAAGGACCACUUCAAGUGUAAUACGUUUGCAGAACUGCAGGAGAGGCUGGAGUGCAUCGAUGGGAGUGAGGAGCCCGCUCGCUUUGGUGGCGGUGACCCCCCGGGGGGAGUGAAUGGCAGUGGUCCGGGCGGUGCUGAGGCUGGCCUGGCCAAGUCAGCCAAGGAGAAGCCACCCUCCCCAUUGAGGGGGUGCAAGAAGCCUGCCUUAUUGGAGGUGGCCUCCCCCAAAAAGGGCCCCAGCCUCCAUUUCUCGGCAGGAUCUCCCCGCAAUGGUGCCUGCCCAGGAAAUGGCUCCUCUCAAGGCCAGGUGGAUCUCCCCAAUCCCACCACUGGAGGUGAUGGGAGGAAAUCGGAUGUGGCAUCAGAUGGAGGGAGAGAUACCCCCUCACAUGUGUCGAGACCCUCAAAGCCAGAUGUGUCCAGGAGCCCAGACCGGGGCGCCGCUCCAGAGCCAGUCAUCAAGGAUAAGGCCAUGUACGGGAAGCGACCUCUGCCCAGCCCAGCACCUCCACCUCCUCAGCCCAAGGACUUCACACCCCAGAGCAACACGUGUUCCAAGCCUGAGGACGGUGGGGUCCGGUCACCCCCACUAGGAAUGAGUAAGCAGAAGGUGAGCUCUGGGGAGAUGCCUCCUGCCCAGGGAGCUUCCCCACCAGCAUCCGCCAGCACCCUGGAGGUGCACAGCUUCCACUCAGCUUUCCGGGGCAAGUGCUUUGACCGGGACAUCCUCACGACCACGGUGACCCUCCAGCAGCCAGUGGAGCUGAAUGGCGAAGACGAGCUGGUGUUCACAGUGGUGGAGGAGCUGUCCAUCAGCGGUAUGGUAGACUCUGGUCGGCCCACGAGCAUUAUCAGCUUCAACAGCGACUGCUCCCUGCAGGCCCUGGCCUCCGGCUCCCGCCCGGUCAGCAUCAUCAGCAGCAUUAACGACGAGUUUGAUGCCUACACGUCCCAGGCUUCCGGGGUGAACAUCGACAUCGUCCUGCCCUUCAGCGAGGGCGCUUUUCCCUCCGGAAGCCGCCGCUCUUCCAUCAGCUCCUGGCUCAGCGAGGUCAGCCUCUGUGCCAUGGACGGGGACGUGAUGCCCCCCGGCGAGGUCCUCGCUACAUCCUCUCCGUUUGCCUGCGAUCCCGCCCGGGACAGCUUUCCCUCGGACUCCCCCGGCGUCACGGUCACUUUUACCCCGGGGAGCCUCAAGAACUCACUGAACGAUAGCGGGCUUUGUGUCUCCGAGCUGGACAGCCUGGACAGUGCCAGCUCCAGAAAGGUGUCACUGGCUGCUGCCAAGAGUCCUCAGAACUCGGGGUGCCCCAAAGGUGCCCCCACGCCGGGCGUCUCCAGGAUCCCCAAUCAGCCCAGGCGGGCAGGGAGGGGUGGGAACCCUCAAGGGGCACACAAGAUGCAGACCAUCCAUUCUAGUCUUCCUCGGACUCUGAGAACUACUACCUCAACCCCCAAUUAUAUGGGUGCCAUGCACCAUAGCCAUGAACUGCCCAGUCCCGGGGGGCUCUUUGAUGACCCAUGGCUGGUGAGAGUGGAUGCCCCACCAGGCACCCACUCCACAGACCCACUGUCCUCUCCUAGUCACCCUCCGCUCGCCACCGACCCCUUAAACCUGCCCUGCAGGGAGGCCUCCGGGGCGAGGCCCCCCAAGUCCCAGACAAUGUUGGCCUGUUCCCAGAGGGUGGUGGAUGGAUGUGAAAUGUCUUGCAAGUCAGCCGGGGACCCCGCUAGGAAACCAGAGGUUAUGACUCAAAUCCCCCCCCUGAGGAGAGGGGCUACCACCCUGGGAGUGAUGCCAGUGGCUCGCAGUGGAGACAGCCCUGCGGAGGCCCUGGCCCGAGGCCAUCUCGAUUCCGCCUUGACCACCAGCAGCCUGAAAAGCUCUGUGGGGAAGAAGAGCGGCCCCCCGAAGUCGAGUCUCUUACCCAGGCCCAGCGGGGCAGGACCCCCUGCUCCACCCGUCCGGAAAUCAAGCCUUGAGCAAAAAAACGGCGUUUCUCCGUGCAGGGGAAGUGUGGACCCUGGGAGAGCCCCUGCUUCCAAAGGGGAGGAAGAGGCAGAGCUGAGGCCCAGACCUGGGGCAGGCUGGGCUUCGGAGAGCCUGAAGGGCAAAGCCACGGUCAGGAGCGAGCACUCCCUGCCCAAGAGUACCUCCAGCUUGAAGGCGAGAGCGGCCAAGCCGGAAGGGGUGCAUCGUUACGGGAGCCACAUGUCUCUGGAGCGGUGUGAGGGCCUGGGCUUGGGGGGGGCCAAGGCCGACGCGGGGAGCGGCAACGUCGGGAGGCAGGGGCGGUCCGUGCCACGGCUGGGCGUGCCCCCUGCGGCCCCUGCUCCCGUGUCCCCCACGUCGUACGGGACUCCUACCCCAUGCAAGGGAGGUUCGGCUCGGAGCGUGGCGAGUGCCAAGUCACCGGCCGGGGGGAGCAAGAGCCGUAACCUCCUGGCCGGUGGGUCCCGCUCUCUCAGCUCUUCGGUGAAGUCCCUGAGUCAGCAGCCUGCUGGGAAGAGCGCCGGCGGCCCCCCUAAUGGCAAGGUGCCCCCCCGCACCAUGCCCGGGGUCAGCAGCAAGCCCAGCCGGGGAACCAUCAUGGGCACCAAGCAGGCGAUGAGGGCCGCCAACAGCCGCGUGAACGAGCUGGCCUCGGGGAACUCUGGCAAAGGGGGCCAUUCCCGGAGCUCUGCAGACUCGGACAGCGGCAAUGACAGCGGCGUGAACCUGGGCGACGAGAAGGUGCCCGCGCCCGCCUUGCCCUCCCCCUACAGCAAGAUCACGGCCCCCCGGCGGCCUCAGCGCUACAGCAGCGGGCACGGCAGCGACAACAGCAGCGUGCUGAGCGGGGAGCUGCCGCCGGCCAUGGGCCGCACGGCCCUCUUCUACCAUAGUGGCGGCAGCAGCGGCUACGAGAGCAUGAUGCGGGACAGCGAAGCCACCGGGAGUGCCUCUUCCACCCACGACUCCAUGAGUGAAAGUGGCCUGUCAUCUCCAGGGGGCCGGAUGAGGAGCCUGAAAUCCCCCAAGAAAAGGUCCACAGGUCUGCAGCGGCGGCGCCUGGUUCCCACUCCCCUGCCUGAUGCUGCAGCCCUGGGCAGGAAGCCCAGUGCUGCCGGGCAGUGGGUAGACCUCCCCCCUCUGCCUGGCACUCUGAAGGAGCCCUUUGAAAUCAAAGUGUAUGAGAUUGACGACGUGGAGCGCCUGCAGAGGCACCGACGGGAGGAGCCCGAGGGUCUGAUGUAUUUUAAUGCCAAGCUGAAGGUCCUGGAAAGGAGACAUCAGAGAAUCAAGGAAGUGAAGGCUAAGCAUGAGCUCCUAAGGGAGGAGCUAGAAGAGACCAAGAACCGGCUGAUGAUGGAUCCUAACAAGUGGAGAGAAGAAUUUGAAGUGGACCCAGAGCUGGAUAAAGAGUCUGAGGAAUACCUGGAGGCUCUCGAACAAGCUACAGAGGAUCUGGAACAGUGUGUGAACCUGUGCAAAGCCCACGUCAUGAUUGUCACCUGCUUUGACAUUGGUGUGUCCGAUGUACAGGAAGUGGAAGUCUGA